GUGCACUUGUUUCGAGCGCUACACAGGACCAGGAGGCCAAGGCUUGAGCGGAAAGAGAGGUUUGGUGUUUCUGGAGCCAUGGACUACCAACAGAAACUGGCAGAGAAACUCACCAUCCUCAAUGAGAGAGGCAGUGGGGUGUUAAUCCGCAUGAACUACAUUAAAAAGACCUGUGCAGACCCUAAGCUGCGGCUCUCCCUCCUGAAUGAUAAAUCCAUGGAGACCGCCAUCAAGUACAUCAACAAGAAAUUCCCCAACAUUGACUUCAGAGGAAACAUUCAAAAUCUGAACAGCAUCCAGCGACAGAAAUCUGAAGUGUUGGCAGCCACAACGAGCUACUACGACUCGUUCCUGGACGUCAUCGAGUUCAGGGAUCACGUGUAUGAGCUGCUGAACACCAUAGAUGCCUGUCAGUGCUUCUUUGAUAUUGCAAUCAACUUUGACUUCACCAAGAACUACUUGGAUCUGAUCAUCACCUAUACGUCUGUUAUCAUCACACUGUCUCGUAUCGAUGAUAAGAAGGCACUGGUGGGAAUGUUCAACUGCGCCCAUGAGAUGACCAAUGGGAGCAGUGACCCCUCCUACCCACGGCUCGGCCAGAUGUUUGUGGAGUAUGAGCAUCCUUUGAAGAAGCUCACGGAAGAGUUUGGCCCUCACACAAAAUCUGUGACAGCGGCCUUGCUGUCUCUGAGGAUGGUUUACCCACGCAGGAACCUGCCAGCAGAGCAGUGGCGUAGCGCCCAGCUCCUCAGCCUGCUGAGUGCUCCAGCCACCAUGCUGGACCCGGCCUGCUGCGACACUAUGGCAUGUGAAUACCUGUCUAUGGAGGUGAUGGAGCGAUGGAUAAUAAUCGGCUUCCUGUUGUGCCACAGCAGCCUGAACGUCAACCAGGCCUCUCAGGAGCUGUGGAAGAUGGCUCUGCGGAGCGGCCUCUUCCUCAUCCUCACCAGAGACGAGGUUCUCAACAUACACAAGGUCUCCGAGGACCUCUUCAUCAACAUCAAAGGAUAUAACAAGCGAGUUGCAGACAUCAAGGAAUGCCGUGAGCAUGCUUUACUCAACAGUGGAGCUAUGCACAGAGAGAGGAGGGAGUUUCUGAGAGGAGCGUUGAAGGAAUUAUAUAAAGUUCUGGAAGAUGAACCUGGACUUCUGGGACCAAAGGCCCUGUUUGUCUUCAUGGCUCUGUCAUUCUCCCGUGACGAGGUCCUGUGGCUCGUCAGACACUCUGAGAAUAUGCCAAAGAUAAAGACGCCCGAGGACUACGUUGACAAUCAGAUGGCAGAGCUGCUGUUCCACAUGGAGAAGUUACGAGGUCUGAUGAGCAAGUACAACUACGUAGUUCAGCGCUACCAUGUCCAGUACCUGGCACAGUUUGAUGCCAUGGUCCUCAAUGACACCAUACAGAACAUGUAUGUUUGUCCAGAAGAGGAGUCAGUCCUGUUGACCUCAUUCGUCUCAACCCUCUCUGCUUUGUCAAUCAAACAAGUGGAAAACAAAGAGGAGUUUGACUUCAGAGCAAUUCGACUGGAUUGGCUGAGAUUGCAGGCCUACACAAGUGUGAACAAGGCCCCUCUUCCUCUAAGGGAGUACACCGACUUAGCGAAGGUGAUGAACCUGAUUCAGUUUCACACAAGGAUGGUGGACAGUGCGGAAGACCUUCUGCAGGAAACAUCUGAGGUGUCCAUCCUGGGUUUCUACCCACGUGUUUUUGAGAAGAUGUUUUGCCAGAGCAGUGAGGAUAUCAACAUGAAGCGUUACCUCAUGGCCUUCCCGAUUGCCUGUUCUCACUUCAGCCAGUGUGGACACCCGCUCUGCCCAGAAGAGACAGAGGCAAUGGAGAAGAGGAGUCUGCGCCUGUGUGUGACCUUCCUGGAGCAGAUAGCCAAGCAGACCAGCAGUAUUGUGUUAGAUAUAUGUGCUGAGCAGUGCAACCUCAAUGACCAGCUGCAGCCCAGGCACUGUGCAGAGGCCAUCAGCGCCGCUCGCCACAGAAAGCAAAAGAAGCCGGUGCAAAAGAAGGGAGAGGUCCAGAAAGAGAAACCAGGGGCUGAAAGCAUGAGGAAAGACCGCAUCGUCGUUACCAAUGUGGACAAGAUGCAUCUGAUACUGACAGAGCUGUGCUCGUCCUACAGCCUCUGCAGUGACUUUGUUGUUUUUGACCACAUCGUCGUUCCCACAGAGUUCCUCAUUUCCCAUCUGGAGACACGCCUCUCUGAGAUCAUCGUGAGAAUGGCAAAUUACAACCAGACCACCCAGGAGAUAGCCCGGCCCUCGGACCUCCUGGCGGCGUUGAGAGCCUAUACAGCCAGCCUGCACUGCCUCUCCAGCUACAUCAAUGUGGACAUCACCCGGCUGGUGAAGAAUGUCCUGCUGCAGCAAACACAGCCCCUGGACUCACGUGGAGGGCAGACCAUUACCACUAUCUUCACUACCUGGUACCUAGAGAGUCUCUUGCGUCAGGCCAGCAACUCCCUCAUCGUUCACUGUCCCACGAUGCACUGCUUCAUCAACACCGCUACUGACAACGAGCCAAGUUUCAGAGCAGAGGAGUUUUCGGAUAUAUCAGAGUUACAGUCCCUGGCGGAGCUAAUUGGUCCGUACGGUCUGAAGUUUCUGAGUGAGAACCUGAUGUGGCACAUCACCUCUCAAGUCAGUGAGCUGAAGAAACUGGUGAGAGAGAAUAUGGACGUCUUGGUACAGAUGAGGAACAACUUCGAUAAGCCAGAGGAAAUGGCUAAUCUUAAGAAGAGGCUGACAGGUGAGAAGUGGAUAGAGACGUGGAUGUGA